GAGUUCCUCAGAAGAGUGGCGCUAAAUAGACUCCACUGGGCGGGACCGCAGCUCUAGCCGGACAUGCUGCCGCUGCUGCUGCUGUUGCUGCCUCUGCUGCUGCUGCUCUGGGCGCAGGACGGGGCGAGCAUAGGGUGUUACUCCCUGAAGGUGCAGAGCUCGGUGACGGUGCAGGAGGGCCUGUGUGUCCAUGUGCCCUGUGAGGUCAGCUACCCCGAUGAAGACGGGACUGAGUGGGAUCCGGCAUAUGGCUGCUGGUUCCGGAGAAAGGGUGUGCCUACAAGCCAAAUUGCUCCAGUGGCCACAAAUGAUCCAGAUCGACAGGUGCAGAAGGAAGCCAAAGGCCGAUUCCACCUCACUGGAGACCCCGGGGCCAACAACUGCUCCCUGGACAUCAGAGAUGCCAGGAAGAAGGAUAAGGGGUCAUUUGUCUUUCGGCUGGAGAAAGGAAAGACACGAUAUACUUACACGUAUUACCCUCUCUUUGUGCGUGUGACUGACCUGACCCACAGUCCCGACAUCCUCAUCCCGGGGACCCUGGUACCCGGCCGCGCCAGCACCCUGACCUGCUCUGUGCCCUGGGCCUGUGAGCGCGGGACGCCCCCCGUCUUCUCCUGGGUGGGGCCCUCUGUGUCCCACAUGGGUCCCAACAUCACCAGCUCCCCAGUGCUGACCCUCACCCCGCGGCCCCAGGACCACGGCACCAACCUCACCUGUCAGGUGACUCUGCCCGCGGUCAGUGUGACCAAGAGGACGACUGUGCAUCUCAACCUUUCCUAUUCUCCACAAAACCUGACUGUAACUCUUGUUGCCCAGGGAGCUAGUUCGGCACCCACAGCCCUGGAGAACGGCUCCUCCCUUCCUGUCGUGGAGGGCCAAGCUCUGCGCCUGCUCUGUGCGGUCGACAGCCACCCGCCUGCCAAGCUGACUUGGUCCUGGGGAAACCUGGUUCUGUGCCCCUCCCAGCCGGCGAACCCUGGGGUGCUGGAGCUGACUCCAGAGCACCUCAGGGGCGAAGGAGAAUUCACCUGCCGAGCACAGAACUCUUUGGGCUCCCAGCACAUCUCGCUGAGCCUGUCCCUGAAGACAGACAAAGAGGGGCUUCCACGGAAAGAGGCAGGAGUGGCUGGAGUGACGCUGGGGGCCAUCGCAGGAGCGGGCGCUGCAACCCUGUUCUUCCUGUCCUUCUGUAUCAUCUUAGUCAUAACAUGGUCCUGCAGAAAGAAAUCUGCGAAACCAGCAGCAAGUGGGAGGGAUCCAGACACUACUAGCAGUUCAGCCUCACAGAGUCCCCUGGUUAAAUCCCCGCCAGAUGACAGCUCCUCACAACAGCCUCUCCCAUCUGUGGUUGCCCUCUCCUCAGAGGAGAAAGAAGAGAUCCAUUAUGCAUCCCUCAGCUUCCAUGGGGUGAAGCCCAGGGACCCACAGAAGCACCAGAGCAUCACCAGUGAGUACACCAAGAUAAAGAUCCAAAAGUGAGAAGCUGCCAAGACUGGUUCUGGUUGGAGAGGUCAUGGCCCCUCUGAGGCUGAGGAAAAGUCAGAGCUGGCUGGUCCAGUAGAAGGAAGAAUCCUCUAGGUCACCCUACUGUGCAUCCAGAGCCCAUCCUUAGCAACACGAAAACUAUGCUGUUAUCCUGCAUCUCUCCUCUCUCCACACAGCCCUACAACCUUCCAUAAUCACCACUCUACUUCCAUGAGUUUGACGUUUUUAGGUUGGACAUAUGAGUGCGAUAUGCAGUGCCUGUCUCUCUGUGCCUGGAUCACUUCACUUAACAUAAUAUCCUCUAGGUUUAUCCACAUGGUUGCAAAAGACACAAUAAUUGUAAAGAGUGGGUUUUAAACAUUCUAUCUAAGAAAUGAUAGAUAUCUGAGGUGAUAGAUAAGCUAAUUAGUCUGAUUCGAUCACUCCUUAAAAUGUGAACCUAUCGAAAUAUCACACCAUACUUAAAAAGGCGUAUGUAAUUAUUAUUUGUUCAUUAAAAUGAAAUGUUUAAGAAUUCC